AUGAAUAGACAAAGAGUGGACUUAACAUUGUCAGGCUCUUUGGCGAAAUUGUCGCAGGGCAGCAUCGAAUUUUGCAAAUCCCUAAAGCCACAUCUAAACUGUAUCCCCAUACUUCCACUCCAACUCUCCUCUCUUAUACGCCGUCAUGUGCGUGUGCGUGUGCGUCGCUCAACCCGCUUGCAGAUAGACCCAGUUGAGCUGGAUUGCCUGAAGGCCGUCCUUCUAUUCAACUCAAAAAGUCCGGGUUUACGCGACAGCAAGAAGACCGCUGGCUUUCGGGAAAGGGCCCAGAUGGUAAUGGCGCAUCAUCAAAACCUCCAGUAUCCGAGUCAACCUAACAGGUACGAGCGGAGUCUACUAUUUCUUGCCGACCUGCGAAAUGUGGCCCCAAAGCUGGUUGAAGAAGUGUUCUUCGACAAUCAGCUGACAAGCGCAGACGUGGAGAAGCUGCUGGCUAGCAGCAGGCUCAUUUUUGAGGCUGGGGAGACUCAGGAGGAGGAUGGCGAGACUACUUCGAAAGUGGAUCCGAAGUCGAAAAGUGAAGCCGAUCGACUCAUCAAGGAUCAGAGCACGGAUCCCUCAAGCAGAGCCUGGCGGCACGGUAGAGCUGAGAGUUCGGCAGGGCAAGGCAAGGAUCUGGAGAGGCAUGAAGAUGAACGGAGCAGACUGGACGUGGAAGACGAGGCGGAGGGGACGAUAGGGGGACCUUGUGACCGGCCGGUAGAUCGACAGUACACACGAGUGUAUGGUGGAUCACGGACAGCAAACACGACAGGACUAUCCAGUUUCCUUGACAUUGCCUCCAACAUGUGCGCUUUGCCCAACAACCGAUUGGCUGCUCCUUUGGUGGCGUCCACCUCUUCGAAAAAUUCUAUCAUCCACAUGGCAACCACUCUGGAGAUGGUGUAG